CUCACGAGCCAACACUAGUCCCUUGCGGCGCAGUGUCAAACAUGGCGCCUGGAGCGCUGACAAUAGGCCAAUCUCCCUGACGGUGGGUCGAAGCCCAAAUGCAGUCAAGACAAGACGUUAUUGUGGGGGAAAUGAAUGUAAUACGAGUGCUCCGUCUUUAUUGACACUUGCAACAAAAACAUUUGCGGAGUACUGUCGACUGGAAUAAGGAAGGAUGUUCCAGCAUUGUGAGGAGCCUCGCUUCACCAUUGAGCAGAUCGACCUCCUCCAGAGGCUCAGGAGGACAGGCAUCAGCCAGGCCGAGCUACUCCAUGCUCUGGACACGUUAGACCACCUAGACCGCCCUCAUAGACGCCCCUCAAAACACCACCUGUCUUCCGACGCCCCACCUUCGUCUUCCAGCACCGCCACUCAGACGGUCUUCUCCAACGGCCGUCUAUCGCCAAGUAGCUUUGAUGUAACCUUGCCCGUAGCCAUGGCAACGGUAGCUCAGACCAACGGGAAGAUGUCGCCGCUGACCAGGUUUCCUCUUGUGGGCGGCGGCUCGGUGGGCUUCGGGUUUGAGGCGGGCGACGACGACGCAGAUGUCGACGAGAAAGUGGAAGACUUGAUGAGGAGAAACAGCAGUGUCAUGAAGGAGGAGAUCAAAUGCUUCCUGGCCAGCAGGCGUAUCUCCCAAGCUGUGGUUGCACAGGUGACAGGAAUUAGUCAGAGUCGCAUCUCCCACUGGUUACUGCAGCAAGGGUCCGACCUCAGCGAGCAGAAGAAACGAGCCUUCUUCAGAUGGUAUCAGCUGGAGAAGAGCAACCCUGGCGCUACACUCGCCAUGCAUAGCGCCCCGCUGACUCUGGAGGACGUGGUGAUGGACUGGCAUCAGGCCCCGCCCACAUUUGCCCCUGCUCCAGGGGGCUUUCGCCUGCGCCGGGGGAACAGAUUCACCUGGAGGAAAGAGUGUCUGGCCCUCAUGGAAAGCUACUUCAGUGAUAAUCAGUAUCCCGACGAGGCGAGGAGGGAGGAAAUCUCCAUGGCUUGCAACGCCGUCAUUCAGAAACCAGGAAAAAGGCUUCUGGACUUUGAGAAGGUGACGUCUCUGAAAGUGUACAACUGGUUUGCCAAUCGCCGUAAGGACAUGAAGAGACGUGCCAACAUCGAAGCAGCCAUCUUGGAGAACCACAGCAUCGACGUCCAAAGUCCUGGAGGUCAGUCCAACGGUGACGAAGCGGACGGCAACGAUGAGCAGGUCCCCACGUUGAUGCCCAGCUGGGUGGCCGCCCUGGGUCGAGGGGCAGCGUCCGGGCCGACAGGCUGCUCCCUGACUGGCCUCCAGGACGAGCAGAGUCUGGAGAAGGCGGCGAUAGAUGGAGUGGACAUCAAGACGGAGGAUGACUGAAAAGAGGUGACGUCAUGUAUUUGAAUGCAAAGAUCUGAGCAGCAGCCCAAAUAGCAACCCGCUCAACGGGAUGACCGAUAUGACGUUCGUCACACUGUGAUCACAACGGUGCAGCCUCAAAACCAAAACAAAGCUUUUUUUUUUUUUUCCUGACGUUGCAUUUUCGUGGCGUACCAAGAACAAAACGAAGGUUGCGUCUUGUGACCUGACAACAGCGGAAGCUGCAACAACGUGCUUUUUAGAGACCACAAAAAAAUUCAGAGUACUAAUAUUAAAAAAAAUAAAUAAAUCUUCAAAUGAGUUUUAAAAUCGGACAGAUAUUUAAAGGGAGGUCAUUCCAGACCGGCACCUCAUUUUUGUUUUGUUCUCAAACGCAACAAUAACGCAACGGCCUUUCUUUGUCCCCAUAACCACUACGAUGUCACAUACUAAAAAAAUAUAUGACUUUAUAUACUAUACAUGUUUGCAUAUUAGUAUAUCCUAUAUAAUAUAAACUGUGUGGGUGCCACAUUUUAAUUCCACAAAAGGAGCUUCCAUUGACAGAAGCCUAAGUGUUAACUUGUCAAAUGUAUGUUUUUUUUUUUUGUUUAGACACAUCAAAUGUGUGGAGUCACUCCAAAAUGUCCCGUCAUCAUUUUUAAUUUUUGCCUUAUAUAUGUUUGAAUCACCAAGUGUUGAUUCUUUGUUUAUAAAGCUGCUUUAUUUCCACUCGGUGGCCACGUGUUGUAGCUGCUGGAAAUGUUUCGAAAACCAAUUGUAAAAGUUUUAAUGAAGCAUUGUUUCACUAUUUUCCUCUUGUUGGCCUAUUUCAACAUUUUUACAAUCCGCUAUGAAUUUGCAUUUAAGUGCCUCCUGUUGUCCGUGCUGUCGCUGCAAAGAUGACUUUUAUGAUGGCGCUGAAAUGUCCAGAUUCCUGAAACACUACCGCAAAUACCUCAGUUUUUAAUCCCAUCGGACCUGGAACCACCCCCAUAAGGUCAGACGAUGGUACGUUCGACAAAACCGGGCUAUCGUAAAUAGCUAAUGUUCAACCCGUGUUGCAGUCACAGAGGAAUGCAGCUGACCAUUAAGAGUCAAAACAGGGGCGGAGCCAAAGGUUUUUCAGUAUGGCGGGAAGGGUGACAAAACAGAUCACCUUGAAACCCUAAUGAAAAACCCUAACCCUAAUUUGAAACCCUACCCUGUCUGUUUUAGGUGCACACCUAUUCCAAAUCAUCAUCUCAUCAUCAAGCUUUGGAAAAGCUGAUAACAAUUCUGAUGAUUUGAAUGAGGUGGGCAUGCAUUUUGAAACCCCAAAUUAGAAACCUUACCCUACUUUAAAACGACAAUGUCAAAGGGAACUGUAGCUCAUUAUUGUCAUUUGUUAUAGCAGUAAAAGUCUGAUGGAGAGAAGGGAAGCGUGACUGACAUUGAAUCAAUUGAGCAUCAGUCCAUCAGUGCUCGAUGGUGCCAUUUAGGAGCUUUUUUAUCACAGGUGCUCUUCUCACAUAGUUUCAAGGUGUGUGUGUGUGUUGCCUUCAGGUCAGGUCUGUUCAUGACUUUUACUUCCUUUCAGAAAAUCCAACAAAAAUUGGUGUAAAAAAUGACACUGUGGAUUCAUUUUGUAUGAAUGCACAUGGGGAAAAUAAGGCUGGGUUGGAAAAUGUGUGUUCUUUAGGCAAUAUGGAGAAAAAUAUGUUUAUCUUGUUUUGUUCUUUGUUUUCAGUGCCUUGUUUGAAUGAUCAAACGUGUCAAAAAAAAUUUGUACCGCAUUGGUUUCCAUUCGUUGCAUGAUUUGUUCUAUUUUUACACUUUUGAUGCAUUAUUGUUUUUGUUCUAUUUACAAGGGAAUUAAAGCUGAUUACGCUUG